GGCGGCGGCGUGGGCCGUGGGCCGUCAGGGCAGCCCUGAAGGGGCCCCCUCCCCACUCCGCUCGAGUAGAAGUGUGAGAGAGCCCAGCAGGACUCAGAGGGGAGAGUUGGAGGAAAAAAAAAAAAGGCAGAAAAGGGAAAGAAAGAGGAAGAGAGAGAGAGAGAGUGAGAGGAGCCGCUGAGCCCACCCCGAUGGCCGCGGACGAAGUUGCCGGAGGGGCGCGCAAAGCCACGAAAAGCAAACUUUUUGAGUUUCUGGUCCAUGGGGUGCGCCCCGGGAUGCCGUCUGGAGCCCGGAUGCCCCACCAGGGGGCGCCCAUGGGCCCCCCGGGCUCCCCGUACAUGGGCAGCCCCGCCGUGCGACCCGGCCUGGCCCCCGCGGGCAUGGAGCCCGCCCGCAAGCGAGCAGCGCCCCCGCCCGGCCAGAGCCAGGCCCAGAGCCAGGGCCAGCCGGUGCCCACCGCCCCCGCGCGGAGCCGCAGUGCCAAGAGGAGGAAGAUGGCUGACAAAAUCCUCCCUCAAAGGAUCCGGGAGCUGGUCCCAGAGUCCCAGGCUUACAUGGACCUCCUGGCCUUUGAGAGGAAACUGGAUCAAACCAUCAUGCGGAAGCGGGUAGACAUCCAGGAGGCUCUGAAGAGGCCAAUGAAGCAAAAGCGGAAGCUGCGUCUUUAUAUCUCCAACACUUUUAACCCUGCGAAGCCCGAUGCUGAGGAUUCUGAUGGCAGCAUUGCCUCCUGGGAGCUGCGGGUGGAGGGGAAGCUCCUGGAUGACCCCAGCAAGCAGAAGCGGAAGUUUUCUUCCUUCUUCAAGAGUUUGGUCAUUGAGCUGGACAAAGACCUUUACGGCCCUGACAACCACCUAGUGGAGUGGCACCGGACGCCCACAACGCAGGAGACGGACGGGUUCCAGGUGAAGAGGCCGGGGGACCUGAGUGUGCGCUGCACGCUGCUCCUCAUGCUGGACUACCAGCCUCCCCAGUUCAAACUGGAUCCCCGCCUGGCCCGCCUGCUGGGGCUGCACACACAGAGCCGCUCAGCUAUCGUCCAGGCCCUGUGGCAGUACGUGAAGACCAACAGGCUGCAGGACUCCCACGACAAGGAAUACAUCAACGGGGACAAGUAUUUCCAGCAGAUUUUUGACUGUCCCCGGCUGAAGUUUUCUGAGAUUCCCCAGCGCCUCACAGCUCUGCUAUUGCCCCCUGACCCAAUCGUCAUCAACCACGUCAUCAGCGUGGACCCGUCGGACCAGAAGAAGACGGCGUGCUACGACAUUGACGUGGAGGUGGAGGAGCCACUGAAGGGGCAGAUGAGCAGCUUCCUCCUGUCCACGGCCAACCAGCAGGAGAUCAGCGCUCUGGACAGUAAGAUCCAUGAGACGAUUGAGUCCAUAAACCAGCUCAAGAUCCAGAGGGACUUCAUGCUAAGCUUCUCCAGAGACCCCAAAGGCUACAUCCAAGACCUCCUCCGCUCCCAGAGCCGGGACCUCAAGGUGAUGACAGAUGUGGCAGGCAACCCUGAGGAGGAGCGCCGGGCUGAGUUCUACCACCAGCCCUGGUCCCAGGAAGCCGUCAGCCGCUACUUCUAUUGCAAGAUCCAGCAGCGCAGGCAGGAGCUGGAGCAAUCCCUGGUUGUGCGCAACACCUAGGAGCCCUGUGAACGAGCGCCGCUGGGGGCCUCAGGCCCUGCCCUGUCCCCUAGGGCUCCGCCAUCACUCCUGACGCCUGGCCUCGCCUCGCGGGUGAGGCAGGGACUGGAUUAAAGGUCAUUCACCUGAUAA